UUUUAAGGUAGGAAAAAUGUAAUAAGCAUUUAAAAAGGUAACCAUUAUGCAUCAUCCAAUCAUGAUAAACGUUGCGCCUUGGCGCCAGUGUGAAAAUAAUUUGAUUGGCUGAACACUGAUUGGUCGGAGCACACGGCAGCGUUUGCUUUCUCGCAUUUGAGCAGUGGAGAAAUGGCUAUUCUUGCGAAGCAUUGUCGAAGCUGAACUACAAAUAGGUCUUGUUUUCUGUUCCGAGUUCAUGAAGCUCAUCUCUCAACACCUCCCCUCCUAGUGUGAACUGGGUGGACAGCUUUGAAGUCCUAUGGAAUAAGUUUCCUGAGGAAUUAAUGCAGGCACUUGAGAGACAGAAAAGACCAAUUCCUCGGUUGCAUAGGGACAUGGAAAGUGUCAUGGAAGAGCACUUUAAAGACCUCACAGGUAUACCACUUAUAGAGACCUUCCUGAACAGCAUUGACAGAAAAGGAAAUAGACUGUUGAACUUCAUGAGGAAUGUUUGUGCAACCAAGAACAAGCAUGUCUUACAGGCUAUCACAAAAUUAAAAGUUUUGAGAGGACAGACAAAUGGUUGCCCCUAUGAUGUGAAGGACACAUUUCUUCUACUUGUAAGAGGAGAAAGAGGAGCUCCUUCUUCAUUAUGUAGAAGAGAUGAGCCUCGCAAAGGAUGUAGAGUUGGAAAACCUGCCUGUGACGCCUUGCGUUAUUGUGUGUGGACGCUUCUGCUAUGCUGCUGUUCGCUCAGUGUGGACCGCAAGAUUGUGAACGAUGACAUCACUACUUUCAUCGCUGCUGUUUGCCUAAUGUUCCGCAGUUACUACUGUUUCAACAUUCACUACCCUACUGAACUGGCGUCAGUGCUUGAAUUCCUGCAAAGGUGUUUUUUCAUCAUCAAUCCCAAAAAGGACACAAAAGUUGUGGAAAAGAACAAUGAGCGACUCCCAGUGAACCCAAGAGUCUUCACCCUAAUCUCUGACCUUUCUGAUCAUGAGUGAUGAGAGACCAUGUAAAGGUGGCCUGCAAAUGGUUUCCGAGUUUAAACUUUAUGAACAUUGAAAUGUUAAUGACUUGCGUUGUAACCACGUGUUUAGUGGUAGCUAUACUCUGUAAGCACUUGUGCCUUGUUCUGCUUUAGUAGUUCUUACAUUAAAUGUUUAUCUGAACCGUUACGUACUGUAUCUUCCCAAGCUCAGUUUAAAGUGGCAGUUAGAUAGCAGAAAUUUUUUUAAUUCUGAGUCUACAU